ACAGCAUUGAGAAGUUUGUCCUUGAUAACGUAAUGUUUACAGUCACAGGGAGGGAUCGUUUUGAUUUUUUUAGUAAGAAAAAAUUGAGGUUGUAAUGACGUAAUGUAUUUUAUACCAUUAAACCUAGUGUUUGAGAAGUACCUCAACACUUGAAUAACACUAGAACAACAUACAUCAAUAGUCACAUUGGUAGCCUUCCUUCUCUUUUAUAGAGGUAAAAAUCUUAAAAACUAUAAUUAGCUUUUGGAUUUACUCUUCUUCUUGUGCCAAAUGUCAUCUUUCUUUAAUCCCAUCACAAUGUGUAAAGCCACAGGAUGGUGCUUUAGACAAGGCUGUGCUGUACUACCAUGCAAGACAGCACUGUCUUUAUCCUCAGAGGCCUGACUGGACAAAUCAUGCUUUCAGUGGUUUGAUCUGAUAUUUGAUAUUUUAAAACUACAUGUUUUUUUUCUAUUUCAGACUGUACUUUUCAGGUCAGGUCCUUGAGCCUGAGUGUCCUGUCCUGUCUGACUGUCCCCGACCCUCCCUGUGGGGUAUACACCUAUCCCCUCCUGAUUGUAAUCCCGUCUGUGUCGUCCCAGCUCGGCUCAGAUCACUGAGAGCACACCCAGGAGUUAAUCUGGAUCAUGGUGGUAAUUACUGCCUGGGUGUCCACUGUGCAGGAGCGUACGAGCAGGAGAACCCUGGGCUCACCCAGGGCGGAGUCAGAGAGGCAGUUUCAGCCAGUGACCUUGAAGAACACAGGAGGGGGAGGAGAGAGGAAAUCAAACCAGGAGCAAGAGCAGAUGUAGGCAUGGUCUCACUGACAGAGUUCCAACACUGUGGCUCUCUUUCUUCAGGCACUUCGUCACUUUUUACUCAGCUGGUGAGGACAGAAACACAGGAGGAGCAGGGAGAAGAGGGAGGAGGAGAAGGAGGAAAACACGGGGGAAGCAAAGCUUAUCCUAAACAACAAACAAAAGGCUUUUCUUUCACCGUUUUACCAGCACAGAUCUCAGCACUGUGAACGACCCCAAUGUUGAAGAGUUGAGGAAAUGCUCCGUGCUUGGGCCGUAGCUGCAUCCUCUGUUGGAGAGGCCGGCCUGACAGAGGUACCCUCCCAUCUGUGAACUGCUGGCUGUGUGACAUCACCAUACUGUUCCAUCCCUCCCUCCUUACUUUAUGGCUCCUGGCCAAUCGGUGAUCAGGAGACUUGAUCACAUGAACAUCUUCCAAGUCUUGGUUACCAUGACAAUGAGAACUGAUCCAGGCAGCAUCUUUCUUUGGUGAAAAAAACGGCAGGGGGAGGCAUUGGGGAGAGAGACAGAAAGACAGGGGAAGAGGGAGGGAGGAAAAAGAAGCGAACAGAGGAAUACCUCCUGGAUUAUCUGUUUCUGCCCAUCAGCUGUCUCCUCUCAGUGUGAAUGAAGAUGUCUGAGGCCUGAGAUAAACCCCUCCAGCACCUCAGAGAUUGUGUACCAGACCUGGGGCUGGACCCAGAGACCCCUGCCUCGGGGGUGAAGGGCCCUUAAAGCCCUGUCUAAGUCUGGACCAUGGGGGAUGGAGGCACUGGUGCAACCGGAGGAGAUGGGGUGAACCAGUCUCAUGUUCUUUUUGACAAAUUCGUCCAAGGCACCACAUGCAAGGGCACUCUCAAGGCCUUCCAGGAGUUAUGUGAACAUCUGGAAGUCAAACCCACAGAGUACAAGGUCUUUUACCACAAGCUCAAGUCCAAACUCAACUAUUGGAAGGCCAAGGCGCUCUGGGCCAAGUUAGACAAAAGAGCCAGCCACAAGGAAUACAAGAAGGGCCGCGCUUGUGCCAACUCGAAGUGUUUGAUUAUUGGUGCGGGGCCAUGCGGCUUGCGCACAGCAAUAGAACUGGCUUUCCUGGGGGCCAAAGUGGUGCUGAUUGAGAAGAGAGAUGCCUUCUCCAGGAACAAUGUCCUGCAUCUUUGGCCCUUCACCAUCCAGGACCUCAGGGGUCUCGGGGCAAAAAAGUUCUAUGGGAAAUUCUGUGCUGGUGCAAUUGAUCAUAUCAGUAUUCGUCAGCUUCAGCUCAUGCUGCUCAAGAUGGCUCUUCUGCUCGGCAUUGAGAUACAUGUUAAUGUAGAGUUCAAGAGUCUUAUUGAGCCUCCUGAGCAUCAGGAGAUCGAGAAGAUAGGCUGGAGAGCAGAGGUCCACCCUAAGACACACCCUGUCAGUGAGCUGGAGUUUGAUGUCAUCAUUGGAGCAGAUGGAAGGAGGAACACGUUACCAGGGUUUCGGCGCAAGGAGUUCCGGGGCAAGCUUGCAAUUGCCAUCACAGCUAACUUCAUCAACAGAAAUACGACGGCGGAGGCAAAGGUUGAGGAAAUUAGUGGCGUGGCCUUCAUUUUUAACCAGAAGUUUUUUCAAGACCUCAGAGAAGCCACAGGUAUUGACCUGGAAAACAUUGUCUAUUACAAGGAUGACACGCACUACUUUGUGAUGACUGCCAAAAAACAGAGCCUGCUGGAAAAGGGAGUCAUUCUGCAUGAUUAUGCAGACACUGAGCUACUGCUCUCGAGAGCUAACGUGGACCAAGCUGCUUUACUGUCUUAUGCCAGUAAAGCUGCAGAUUUCUCCACAAACCACCAGCUGCCCACACUGGACUUUGCCAUCAACCACUAUGGACAGCCAGAUGUAGCCAUGUUUGAUUUCACCUGCAUGUACGCCUCAGAGAACGCUGCCAUUGUGCGGCAGCGCAAUGGCCACAAGCUUCUGGUGGCACUGGUUGGAGACAGUUUGCUGGAGCCCUUCUGGCCAAUGGGCACCGGUAUCGCCCGAGGUUUCUUGGCAGCCAUGGACUCGGGCUGGAUGGUGAAGAGCUGGGCUCAAGGAAAAACCCCUUUGGAGGUGCUGGCAGAGAGGGAGAGUAUAUAUCGACUCCUGCCCCAGACCACACCAGAAAACGUCAGUAAGAACUUCAAUCAGUACAGUGUGGAUCCUACCACACGUUAUCCCAACAUCAGCCUUAACUUCCUGAAGCCUAGCCAGGUGCGGCAUCUGUUUGACACAGGGGAGCAGCGGGAAAUGCGCAUUGAAAUAGAGAAUGUAAUAAAUACCUCAACACCCAAGUUAGCCAGGAAUGACAAUUGCCUGCUUGACAAGCAGUUGCAAGAAUCUGUUGCUCGGUCAAGCAAGCUACUCAACUGGUGUCAGAGACAGACCGAGGGAUAUAGGAACGUUAAUGUGACAGACCUUACCAUGUCUUGGAAAAGCGGUCUGGCUCUGUGUGCCCUAAUUCAUCGAUACAGACCUGAUCUCAUUGACUUCGACUCGCUGGACGAGCGGAACUAUGAGAAGAACAACCAGUUGGGUUUUGACGUGGCAGAGAAAGAGUUUGGUAUCUCACCGUGCAUGACUGGAAAGGAGAUGUCUUCUGUGGUAGAGCCAGACAAGCUCUCCAUGGUCAUGUACCUCAGCCAGUUCUAUGAGAUGUUUAAGGACACAGUGCCACCCGGAGAUAACCAAAACCUGAGCCCUGAGGAGAAGGCAGCACUCAUAUCCAGCACCAAGUCACCCAUCUCCUUCCUCAGUAAACUUGGUCAAAGCAUUGCAAUAUCAAGGAAGCGAAAUCCAAAGGACAAAAAAGAGAAGGAUGUGGACAGUUUGGGGAAGAGAAGAAAGACAAGUCAGUCAGAGGAUGAGGAGGUUUCCAGGAGCAUCUGUGAUGACAGGACAUCGGUCUCAGCUAUUCUCUCUGACAGGAAAAUGGACUCUGCUGCUGUUGCUAACAAUAAUAACAAAGUUAAGGUCAUGGCCACCCAGCUACUUGCCAAGUUUGAGGAGAACGCCCCUGCCCAAUCAUCAGGACUCAAAAGACAGGCGAACUCAGUGCUCAACCUGGACUGCAUUUUGUCCACUUCAAAACCCCAACCCCCUGUCAAAGAGCCAGUUCGCCUGGCACCUGUACCUGCAUGGAGAAAGAGACGUACACAACAGCAAGCGCAGCUGAGCAUUCGUUUUAAAGAAAUGAUCAAGUGUCAGACGCUGCCUCAUAAAGGGGAGCAGGCCAGAAGUGGCGCAGACCAACUGUCCAGUUCGGGCUCUCGGAGCUGCCCUAAGAAAACCAUUCUGCUUCCUUCUUCUUCCUCCACUUCACUGCUCUCUCUUCACUCAGAGGAGUCGUCAAGGCCUCUGCUCUCUGAUGACCAGACGCCCUUAUAUGUGCUUAGUAUUCAGGAGAGGGCCGACCAGCUGGCCUCCCAGUUAGAGGGCAAGUCAGUUGGACCAAAGCCCAAGAAAAAGCCCUCACGGUUUUUUAUGGAACAAUGGCACCUGGCCAGAGCCCAGACCCCCCAUGAGUCUGCCCCCUCUUCCUCUGACACCCUCAGACAGCGCUGUGUGAGGAUGUACACAGGUGGAGUUAGCUCAAUGAGUGAGCAGAUAGCCGGUCAACUUAAUUCUCAGGGAGACGCUAAACCCCUUCCUGAAAAAAGGGACCUGGGCUCGCUCAGAAAAGAGUUUCCUGUCAACAUCGGAGGCAGUGACGUUUGCUUCUUCUGUCGGAAGCGUGUGUACGUGAUGGAGAGGCUGAGUGCGGAGGGGAAGUUCUUCCAUCGCAGCUGCUUUAAAUGUGACUACUGUGGCACCACACUUCGACUUUCCUCCUACGCCUUUGAUGUAGAGGAUGGGAAAUUUUACUGUAAGCCCCACUACUGUUACCGACUCUCUGGCUAUGCUCAGAGAAAAAGACCUGCUCCCUCCCCUGCUCCAAUCACAGCUCAGGAGAACUUGUUGCCUCAAACUCCCGCAGCAACAGUCGAUGCCCCUGGAAGGUCAAUGGCGGUAGAAGCAGCAGCAUCUCCAUCCUCGGAGCUCCAGCCCUCAGAGGUCAAUGGACUGCAGGAACCAAGCAUAGCUAAGCGUCUGCGAGGAACUCCAGAGCGUAUUGAGCUAGAGAACUACCGUCUGUCCCUUCAGAGGGAGGAGGAACUGGAGGAGGUCCCUGAGGAGACGCUGGCGGAACACAACCUCAGCAGUGUGUUGGACAAGGCCACAGAUGCUGACUUGGGUUCCAGUAGUUCAGAGUCUGACAUGGAAGAAGAAGACGAAAAUGAGUGUGACCAGGACCAUGAGCAGGAUCAGGAGGAAGAAGAAGAAGAAGAGGAAGAGGAAGAAGAAGAGGAGGAGCAGGAGGAGAAUGAGUUGGGGCAGCAGGCUGUAAGUCCAUCAGACCUGGGUGGUGUUCCCUGGAAGGAGGCUGUGGAGCUUCAUGCCAAACUGAGGGGUGACCAAUGUGAUGAAGAGAAUGAAGCUCAGGGUGACACUGUCAGUCGAGAUGGAGAGGUAGAUGAAGAUGAUGAAGAAGACGAAGAGGAGGACAAAGAGGAGGAGGAAGAUGAACCAGAGUCCAGUGAAGAGGGAGAUUACUGCCCCUGGGAUAGAGAGCUCCAGUCUGGCCUCUGGCUGGAGAAGUGCCUCACAGAUGAAGAGGAUGUUGGUACAUUUAAAGCAAGGAACCUACAGAUCCAACAGAUCCUGCAGCCCGUGGACCCCAUGGCCGUUCCUGUUGUGGAGAGAAAAAAGUCUGAGGGAGAGAAGGAAGGCCAGUCAGCCUUGGCUGCCAACCUCUCCCAACCCUCAGAGCUCACACAGCCCUCCUCCACAGCACCUAUCCACAUGUCCCCCCGACACGAGGCAGUGAGAGUCUGGUUGGAGUCCAUGUCUGGAGAGCCCGGCGAUGAAGACCCGGAGGCAGAGGCAGACACCGCUGACAUGGAGUUUAGCACAGAGAUUGAUCAAGAUGACAUCCCUUCAGAUGCGGAAGCCGAGGCUCGUUUGCACCAAUCAGAAAAUACUGAAGCCCUUCCUGAAGAAGACAAGCAAUUAGAAAGUGGUGGAAUGGUUUCAAGUAUUGACCAAUCGAGCAUUAGUCCAAUUCAGAAAGAAGAUCUCAUCAUUUCUCCUUUGAAAUCACCACAAAAGCCAGAGACUCAGAUGCCUCUUGUAAAGUCUCCCGACACCCGCUUUUUCCCAGACCCAUUCAUUCCUGACGAAAAGAAACCUGAGCGAACAACGCCUUCUCCGGUUGCUAAAAGCCCACUGUGCCGUUCAUCCGUCCCCUCUCCUAUUCCAGUUGCUUCACCUGUCAGUGUUCCUGGCACACUGUCAGCUAGUUCUCCAAUCAUAUCCCCUGCUGCCUCUCCCAUCAAACCAACAAUCGAUUCACCUGUCAGUUCUGUGGGCAAGUCUCCUGUUACGUCUCCCAUAUGCUCUCAGCCCACCUCCCUACCGGAGACUCGCACUCCUAUAUCUCCAGUUUACCCCCAGCGUUCCAUUUGCCCUCUCACAGGAAACCCUCUCUCCCCAAUCUGUGCCCAGCCCCUGCCUUGUCACGAGCCUUCGUCACAGCUCACCUCAGAGUCUCCUGUUAGAACACAGCCCGUCCCUGCAGUCACUUCAACACCUAUGACCAAAACUGACAAAACCAUGCCUGAGCUGGAAACAUCUAAAGAUUCUUCCGUAGAAGAAAUGUCAUCCAGAAAGACUGAUAUCAUUGAGGAAUUUUGGUUGAAGAGUGCCGAAAUAAGAAAAAGCCUCGGUCUAACUCCUUUGGAUCGCAGCAGUAAAUUGUUAGAGAAGAGUGUUGUUAAGGCUGAUGUGCAGGAGCCGACCCCUGUGAAGACAUGGUCUCCAGAAGUAUCAGAGGAGCUGAAGCCUGCAGUUACUGGACGAACUGUUAUACGCAGACUGAACAUCACUCUUGAGGGUCAGGUCAUUACUCCCAUUUCUCCAGUUGAACCCAAGAGUAAUGAUACAGAUAAGAGGGAACUCAGCAGUAGCUUGGGUUCAGGGUUGAAUGGCAGUGCAGCCGCAAGCAAGAUGGCAAACAGCAAGAGCUUCAAUGACUCCACCAUGCUCACCCCACCCUCUAGUCCUCCGCCGCCUGUGCCUGCUAAUCAGUCUCCAGCUGUCCUACGGCAGCAGAGACACCAAGUGUCUUGGGGCAACGGGACAGAAAAACGUCCACCUGAGCGUGCCAAAGAGCCAGUCAAAACCCAGACUCCUGUUCCUGCUCCAAGGACCCAGCUGAGCCCAGUGUCUCCACCGAAGCCUACUCCCAGGAAAGUGUCAUCCCCAAAGGCAGAACCAGAACCAGUCCCUGUUGUUGUGAUGAGGGAAAAGAAGAAACCUCGACCGGCGGAGGUGAGAAAGUCCUUCGUAGAGACAGUGGAGGAGAUUCCAUUUGCUGAUGAUGUUGAGGAGGCAUACGAUGAAAGAACACCUGACACAAGCUCAAACAAGUACCAUACCCCAUCCACUAGCAAACCAAACAGAGAAAAGCCUCCUUUGCAUCUGGCUCUAGCAAUGGAAAAUGGUAAACCAAAUAUCCCUAGUAACCCAGCCUAUAAGCCACAGAGGGCUACUCAGUUCUCACCAGAGGCCAAGGAAAUCGCAGAGGAGAGAAUUAGGGCCCGGGAAAAGUCUGUGAAGAGUCAGGCACUGAAAGACGCCAUGGCUAAGCAGCUCACCAAAAUGAAAGAAUCUGACAUUGAUAAGGGGGCCUCGGCUAAAGUGGCAUGGAGCGUGACUCCAGAUGUCACCGUUAAAGGUAAGAAGUCGGUCAUUUCACCAAAGACUUCAGCGGUGAAAGCCCUGGAGUCGAAGAAGGCAGAGACUCUACCUGAGCGUUUCUUCAGCAGCAACAAGAGUCUGGACAGCUCAGCAGCAUCGUCGGACAGCUCUUCCACCAGCAAGAGCAAGAAACGAAGUUCCCUAUUCUCACCGCGCAAGAACAAAAAGGAGAAAAAGGCCAAGAAUGACAGUAGCAGGCUCUCUGGCACAGCCGAAACGCCUCCCAAACAUAAGUCGUUAUGGAAGGCUGUGUUCUCAGGGUACAAGAAAGACAAAAAGAAGAAGGAUGAAAAAUCAUGUCCAAGCACACCAUCAUCAAGCUCCACCACUCAGGAUUCUGGGAGAAAGACGACUUCACCUCCUGGGAGAUCAUCAGACUUAAAAUCACGCCGAAACUUGAGUUUCUCCGAGGACUCGGACCUGUCCUGUGAUGACGUUCUAGAGCGAUCCUCCCAGAAGUCAAAGGCAGAACGGCAUAUGGACAUCUUUGACCUUGUGUCUGACAUGCAGAAAAAAAACAUUCAGGAGGAGAUAAUGGAGAAAGAAAAAAAGAGAAUGUUAAAGGGAAAAAUUAGAGCAAAGGAGAGGAGUAAAGACAGACUACAGGGGAAGGAGGUUGAUCUGGAAAUGGAGAACAAUGCAGAGUCUGUUUAUGUUCCCCACGCACUGGCGUUCAAGAGGUCAUACGCCACAAAGAAAAUCUACACAGAAGAAGAGCUGAAUGCCAAACUGACACGAAAAGUCCAGAAAGCUGCAAGACGGCAAGCCAAGCAGGAGGAGCUCAAGAGGCUGCACAGAGCUCAGAUUAUCCAGAGGCAGUUGGAGCAGGUGGAGGAGAAGCAGAGGCAGCUGGAGGAGAGGGGCGUUGCUGUGGAGAAAGCUCUGAGAGGAGAAGCAGGAUUGUAUAAAGACUAUUGGGGAGAUUCUAAUUACAGUGAAAUCCUGGACAUGCAUCUGGGCGUUGAGCCCUAUGUGGGGAUGCCACGCCGAAGACCUCUGUCCUUCUGCCUCUGCUGUUCCCCCAAAGGCAUGGGCAAGAAGGACGACCCCAAAUUAAUGCAAGAGUGGUUCAAGCUUGUACAGGAGAAAAAUGCCCUGGUUCGCUAUGAGUCAGAGCUCAUGAUAUUUGCCAGGGAACUGGAGCUGGAGGACAGGCAGAGCCGGUUGCAGCAGGAGCUCAGGGAACGGAUGGCUGUGGAAGACAACCUUAAGACAGAGAAAGAGCUUGCUCAGGAAAAGCAGAUCCUCAGUGAGAUGUUGGAGGUGGUGGAGCAGCGUGAUGCUCUGGUGGCCCUUUUGGAGGAGCAGAGGCUUCGGGAGAAAGAGGAGGACAAGGAUCUCGAGGCGGUGAUGCUUUCUAAAGGCUUUAACCUCAAUUGGGCCUAGAAGGGAAUAAACAAGUUGCUCAUGGUUGUCUUUGAUCAGAAUUGCUUGGGGAUCAUGGGAACCAAGCGGUUGGUGUGAAACCAUCACACCUGCAGCAGUGAUUGUGUUUAUAUUAGUCCAACACACACACACACACACACACACACAAAGCAGCCUGCCACGUUUACAUAUCCUCCGCUGGAAUGCAGUACUGCAGUUUUACCCGCAAUCUUCUCUGGGAGAAAAGAUGCGAGUAUGUUCUCGACUCUAUUUUGGCAACCAUGAAACGGAUCCUUUCAGACAAUGGAGGGCCUUUGGGAAAACGUUCAAAGACCUGUUUAAUUCUUGAGUAUCUAAAGGGAAGAGUGAGGUUUGGUCCUGCUGAUGUAAAGGAAUUGUGAAGACAGAAAAACUUUGUGUUUCUUUGUGUAAACUUGUGUAGAGCAAAUCAAAUUCUCAGCAGAAGAAGUUGUUCUCUUUCCUGAAAAAGCGGUGCAACUCAGAGUGGUGUGGAAAAACAUGACGACAUCUGCUGAAGCUCCCUAUCUAUGCAGUGACAGACUUUUGCUUCUAAAUGAACCACAACAACAGUAUGGAAAACACUCCUUCCCUUUUGUGAUUCAACACAAAGGUCCCAUUACAUAUCACUACUUUUGUCUGUUCUUUUUUUAUAUUAUUUAUCUCAUGGUUGGCUUCCAGCCGAUGAACACUUUUAGUUUAUGUUGACAGCCCAGCACCCAGAGUCCUAUUAUCUUACUCCCAUUAGCCGCUGCAUGUCCAGAAUGAAUGCUCCAGGCGCAUUGAAGAUCACUACAAGUAGACAUAAUAAAACAGAUGUACUCUUGUAAUAACAUGCAGGCAUGUCACAUGACUCGCAAAUGGUGGGCUACUCCCUCCGAUGUCAUCCACUGUAUAUCACACUGCCUGUUUGUGUUUACAAUCACUCAUCCAUGGUAUCAGUAUUGGAUUGUCUUUUCCUCUUUGCUCAGAUUGCUCUGAUGAAACAGCGGGUAAUUUAAUCAACUGUUAAGAAUCCAUCAUGGAAAGAACAAUCUUUUCAGGUUCAUCUGUCAAUAAUGCGACGUUAUCCUUCAUGAAUGUGGUUUCACAGCCAGUCGGCCCUGAGGAAUCAGAAGAACCCGCAUCUCUCACUUUUGUGCCGCAGGACUGUUUCUGUCGGUGUAUAUGCAAUAUCUACACAAUACAAUAACGCAGGAAUGUAUGCACUACAUGUUUAUCCUCUGUCAUUUAACAAGAUGUCUUUUUCAUUUUAAUGGACAUUUGUCAAAAUGGCUUUGACUUGGUCACAUCCGUUUUACCCCAAAGGAUGUUAUGCUUUAUAAUAUUUAAAAUAUUUACACUACACCAGGUCGAUGAGCGAACAAAGAAUUUUCAAUAGGACACUUGAGGAAGCUUUAUGAGCAACAUGCAUUAGACAGGAUCAUUAUGGUUCAUCUGGUGGGCAGUCAAACCUAAUAGGCUGUUUGACAACUGUAAAGAACAAAUCCUGGUCACUGUUUUAGAGCACACAAACACUAGAGGCUAUAUUUAUGACUUGGUUGAGCUGUAAAUAAAUCAGGUGUUACAUAAUUUUAAGGGUUGUUGUUUUAGAUUCUGCGUGACUUGAUUGUAUUGAUAUUUAUUAACAUGUGUGCAAACUGUAUUAUAUGUAAAGAAAAUGAAUCCUAAUUUUUAAAAAUUUCUGUUGUCACAUGACAAAAUGUAAAUGCUUCAUGUGCUAGGAAACAGAGGUGGUUGGAUGUUUGCUGACAAUGGCAAUAAAACAGUGCAGUUCUUUGAAA